AUGUGCGGCGAUAGUGAUAGUGUCUGCAAAGCCGAAGUAUGCGGUAUCUGCUUGGAAAGUAUGAAAGAAAUCGAUAUAGGAGAGCUAUUACCUUGCAAACACAGAUAUCAUAUUUCAUGCAUAAGGCAAUGGCAUUUAUAUUCAAAUGAUUUUCACUGUCCUACGUGCCGGAAGGACUCAAAGCAUCUACAUAGAAUAUAUGAGGAUAUCAAGAUUGAUUUACAAUAUUGGUGCAAUGUUUCUUUGGUAGAGCAAUUUACUAAACUUCGGCUAUUAAACGAAGAUUGUGAGAAUAAUAGUUCUGGAGAAGGAGAUGCUGCUUCUACAGCUGCUGCUGAGUUAGACUCUGCUGAACGGGAAGAAAUACAAGAUGAACCGAAAUCCGGAAGUCCUGAACUAGUCUUAGUGCAAUGUGCGUUAUGUGGUGAUAUGGAUGAUAGUGUAUCAUUAUAUUGCGAGACAUGCGAGACGUUAUUCCAUCCUUCCUGCUUGACCGAAUUAUUAUGCGAAGUGGGAGAAACUGACUGGCUGUGCACAGAAUGUCAUGGUAACUUAUCACACCUCCGAGGACGCGGGCCAUCCUCAAUGAUAGUCCGAGACUCUAAUGUGAGAAUAUAUGAAGGGAGGAUGAGAGACAAAAGGAGCAUACUUACAGAAUGUAUUUAUAACAGAUUCGCACAACCAUAUACAUUAAGUUAUGAUGAUAAGUGCAAGAUACAGCGGUUUGUACGGUCAGAGCUAGACUCUUAUUAUCAACAAGGAAGUUUAACGAAGGAUAGGUAUAUUACUAUAAACAAAAUUGUGUCAAGAAAAUUAUAUGAAAUGUCUCCCAGCGGCUUUGAUCCAGUGCAGUUGGAUUAUAAAGAGUUGGCAAAGCUGUCAAUAAAGGCUGUUAUAUAA